AUGCCCGUCUUCGGCGGACCCAACGGCCAAGCUGGCCUGCGCAAUACGAGGAAGCGGCGGCCCGUUUCCUGUAUGCCCUGCCGGAACCGGAAAUUGAGAUGCGAUCGGGAUGUGCCUGCGUGUGGGAAUUGUGUGAAUCGUGGGGACAUCACCGCGUGCUACUACUUCUCUCGCAAACCGGAGCCGCGUCCAAAGCAACCUCAGCCUGAACUGUCUAGCCUACCCGUCUCGGAUAGUGGCCAGGCGCGAAUUGAUCACCUGGAGCAGCUGGUUCUCACGCUGCUGAAGGAAACCCGAUCGAAGCAGAACCAGAUCCAUACUCCGUCAACCAGCAUCGAUGCCGACCAUGACGAGAGUCUGGAGGACGCGAAUGCCGACAGCGGUAGAUGUGAUGAUGCCUCGGGACCGUCGGAGACGCAGACCACCACGCUUCGUGUGAGAUCAGGGACCGUUAUCAACAUCAACUCCGACUACAAGGAACGUCUGUCCGUCGAUGAAGCACAAUGGGGUCUGUUGCUGAACGAGAUCGGCGAAGUUCGUUCACAUCUCCAUGCUCAGCGCAAGCAUUAUGAAGAACAAAACCAGAUCAUAUCUCAGCUGUUCCGACGGACGUCUGGCGAUCCAGGUCCGACGCUUCUUUUCGGUUCGGCCAAGAACUUGAGCCGACUGGAGAUCCUGUCACAGCUCCCCUCCCGCUACAGCUGCGACGUUAUGAUCACGAGGUUCUUUGCCCAUCUCUAUCCCGCACUCCAUAUCCUGCACCAAGCUUCUUUCCUGCGACAGUACGAACGCUUCUGGAACGACGAAAGCACGACCUCGAUCGCGUGGGUCGCCAUCUUAUUUGGCACCCUGCGGAUCGCCAUGCUCGACUAUCUCCGAGAAGGCGACGAACCUCAAGAGUUCCGGGGUAAAUGUCGAGACCUCGCCAACACCUUCCGCAACCGUCUGACGGAUUGUCUAAUCCUGGCUGACUAUACCCGCCCUCAAGACUUUCUCAUCGAGGCUCUCGGUUUACACAUUUAUGGUGAGUACGUCUCCAGUAGGGACGCCAAAUCGAGCGUUUGGGUCUUGGGUGGGAUGGUCGCAAGGCUCGCCAUGCGGAUGGGCUAUCACCAACAAUCGCAACCUGGGUUAACACCGACUCCUUUCCAGGCAAAGAUGCGUCGACGAAACUGGGCUUAUAUCAGACAACUUGACAUUAUGAUAUCGUUCCAGCUUGGCCUGCCUUCUCUAAUCGGGCUUCCCUUGCUCGAAGGCCCCUUCCCUCGCAAUAUCUAUGAUAACGAGGCCUUCGACGAGGACUGUACCUCAUUGCCGCCGUCCCUUCCGGAUUCUGAGCCCACCCAAGUCUCCUAUCUAAUCGCCAAGUCCAAACUAGUUUUUGGAUUUGCGCGUGUUCUAGAUGAGAUUACCAGCUCCGAGGCGAUGAGCUGGGAACGGGUUCUCGAACUGGAUCGGGAGCUGAGGAAUCUCUACCACAAUGUGCCGGAAUAUUAUAAGAUUGGUCCGCUAUCCAGCCAGGACUCGCUCGUGCUUGUCUCCGCACGAUUUGUCCUGUCGAGCAUCCACUACAAGUCCCUCUGUGUCCUCCACAGCCGAUUCCUCGAGACUUCCAACAUCGACGAUCGAUUCUCGUACUCCCGACGGGUCUGUCUAAGCUCUGCCAUAUCUAUACUUCGCUUCCAGGCGAUCCAAAAUCAAAACAUCCCGGUCGAUGGCCGCCUGCGAAGCUUGACCCACUACCAAACCUCCCUCACGAUCCAUGACUACCUGCUAGCUGCGACCAUCAUCACCGCCGAUCUGUGCUCUGGUCAACCCGCCCAAAGCACGGCCGGCCACAGAGCCGCGCCCGGCGUGUAUACCAGGACGGAGAUGAUCAAGGCAUUGAGUCUCAGCGCGCGCAUCCACGCGUCGAUGCGGGACCAGAGUGUCGAAGCAUACAAGGCGGCCGACAUCCUCGAGAUGCUGGUGAAGAAAUUCGAAAACGAGGGGCCGGGCGUCGUAAGGAGUCCGAGGAACAAUACAUCAAAAGUCCCUAAAGACUUCACGGUCGGGGCAUGCGCGAGUCCCCAGGCGGUGCAGCAAACAUUGCCUCGAGACUUCUCGGUCCCGUCGAAGGCGCCCUCCACGCCUGGCCUCAACAACACCACAACCUCGAGCAGUAUCCGCUUCCACCGUCCACCGAAUACGCAAGUUGCGCCUUCGCACGUCUCCGCCACUUCCCACCUCAACGGUGCGGCGUUCGAACGAGCCGAGCUGCCAGAUCCGGAGCCUCUGGACGACCUCUCAACAUGGAUCGAUGACCAGCAGAUGUUUGCGACCUACGAAUCGUCGGCCAACUGGAUGACGCCGGAGAUCUCUGCGCCGGUCAUGGAAGACGGCUCUGGCGAUCUGAUAUUCACGGCCGCGAACCCGGUGGCCAACUACUCUACCGUUAUGGCCCUGCACGACCCGAUGUCCACACUGUGGAAUUUUAGCCUGUGA